AUGCCAAAAAAUGGUACUCGGGACAGCUGUACAGUUCACUUUGUGGUUGGGCUGUGCUAUGUGGGCUGCUAUUUCAUUGACAGUUAUGCACGUGUGAGAGCAGUGGUCAUGACUCGGGAUGACUCCAGCGGUGGGUGGCUUCCCUUGGGGGGUGGAGGCCUUAGCUGCGUCACCGUCUAUAAGGUCAGCCGGGCGGAGGACAGCAGCAGCACCCACAGUGGAGGAAGUGGCAGCAACCUCAGCCCUUGUAGCUCCAGUCCCAGUCCCAGCCCCAGUCCUGGUCCCAGUCCUACCAGCGUGGAAUUCCACAUCAAGGGCGAAAGGCUGAAAGACAAACUGGUGGUUCUGGAGUGUGUUCUGCAGAGAGACCUGGUCUACAACAAGGUCAACCCCAUCUUCCACCACUGGAGGAUCAAUGAUAAGAAGUUUGGCCUGACGUUCCAGAGCCCUGCAGACGCCCGCGCCUUUGACCGGGGCGUACGCCGGGCCAUUGAGGACAUAAACCAAGGGUGCCGUCCGUUCGGAGAAGGAGAUCUUCCAGAGGAAGGACUACCGGCAUUAAGGAUGGUCUCCUCCACCCACAUCCUGCCCACUGAGGCAGAGCACAUGCAUGUAUCACUGGCGUGGGCUACUUUACACACGGCACUGACUAACCAGAGCCAGCAGCCUCCUCCACAUGCAGAACGGAGAGAGGGAGCGAGGGUGGGAGAAGGAGAAGAGAGGAGGACUAACCCUGCAUUGAUGAGGUCGGGAGGCGUGUGGGAAACGAGGGCCGGCGGGCCAGCGUGUUCGCCGGUGGAAUAUGGUGGAGCUGUGUGUGAGCCGCCCCUGAUCUGCACCCCGAUGAAAGAGCCCUUCUCUCCUUUGAACCAUGUCGUCUCCACCGAGCCGUUCAGAGGCUGCUACGUGGCGGCUCAGCCCUUCGACGACAACCGCCGCUACCUGCCUCCACAGUCGACCCGCCGCGUCAGCUUUCGCAUGGACGAAGAGGAGAUCGUGCGCAUUAACCCGCGCCAGGACGUGUUCGUCCGGGGCUACGAGGACUACCGCCACCCGGUUAUGGGCCGGCGCGACGCCGACCGCGAGGAACUGGAUUUUCCCACCACCUUUCACAAACUGGACAGUAAGAAGUGCGAUUACCUCUUCCCCGACGGUCCCGGAGGGGACUCCCACUCCGGCCCGGGUCUGGGCAUAGGAACGGGCAUGGGCCUGGGCCUGGGCCUGGGCAAGGACACGGCCAUUAAGACGCAGCCCUCUCCCCAGCUGAAGUCGAAGAAGGGCCGGCGGCGGAGAGAAGACGGCGAGCGCUCGCGCUGCAUCUACUGUCGAGAGAUGUUCAACCACGAAGACAACUGGCGGGGGCAGUGCCAGGACGCCCCGGACCCAAUCAAGCAGUGCAUCUACAAAGUCAGCUGCAUGCUGUGUGCCGAGAGCAUGCUGUACCACUGUAUGUCCGACUCGGAGGGGGACUUUUCCGACCCCUGCUCCUGCGACACGUCCGACGAGCAGUUCUGCCUGCGCUGGCUGGCCCUGGUGGCGCUCUCCUUCAUCGCGCCCUGCAUGUGCUGCUACCUGCCUCUGCGCGCCUGCCACCACUGCGGCGAGGCCUGCCGCUGCUGCGGGGGCAAGCACAAGGCGGCCGGGUGACCCCACGCCGGACACUGGGACACCCUCAAAGCUAGCUAACAAAGGCAGUGGAUAAAAGCGGAAAAUUAAUAGCCGGCAUCCUUUUUUCAUUCCCCUCUCAGACAGGGUGAUAAAGUUGUUGAUCCCCAGCUCUGAGGGCUUUUGGAGAUUUCAGUUUGUGUUUGUCGCCGACAAGCAGCAGUGGAGGACAAACCAUGUGUUUUGUGGGGGCUCUGAGCAUCAAGCUAAGUGCAGGAGCUUAAUAUGAAACGGCGGAGACAUCGUGAACAACAGACUUGAAGAUGUUACUACACACAUCUGUACACAUACGCACUCAACUCUCUCGUACUCACUCUCAUACGUUGACAAAACCAGGCCACAAAUAUCAGAAGUCUACUACAAGUAAUGGGUAUCUUUAUGAAGGAAAAAAAAAGAGUCUUUUGUACAGACGGCAACAACUCAAUGACAAAGAAGAAAACAAAACUAUUCCACGUUGAAGGAGAAGUACUUGCUGUUUGAGUCUGCUAAAAGGGAUGUGUUCUUGCUUCUCUGUAAAUUUGCAGUGGGGUCCCCGUGGCCUUUCCGUCAUGGCUUCAGCAUUUGCUAACAGUGUAAUUAUUAGGCAGAGAAAAGUGCUCUAAAUUGUUUCCCCCGCCAGUAAAGGUUUCCUUUUUCAAAUUCUUGUGAUAUAUUAUCAGCCGUUUUUUAGUGUAAUCUUGACAUUUGAGUGAUGUGGUGGAUUUAAGGCCAAAUUGUUCUUUUUUUUUUGUUAAAAAACAAAAGCAAAACAGCUAAUAGUCUCAGCUUGUUUUCGGAGGCACACUCUGCAUAAAAAGUUACAUCUAAAUUGUGUUUUAAAAUCUUUCCUGAGGCGACCAUUCCGAAUCAAAGGGACCCACUCCACGAUCAGAAGGGAAGCGGUGAUCACAAAUUUGCCCUACGUACGUUUUCCAAGUCCCCUCCUCAGGAAAGUCUCCCAUAAAAACCUCCGGAUCCUCACGUUUAAAGCAGCACGUUACAGUUUCAUUAACAUCGGUGAAAUGUUUUAGCCCCACCUACUUACCGCUGUAGUGAUAUUGAAGUAUUUGUUUCUUCCCUUUUUUCUGUUUCUUUUUUCCCCUCCCUGCUCAAUUUUGUUAGUUGUUUUGAAUCAAAGGUUGAAAUGUUGCUCAACCAGCAAGUUUUGUUUUGGUGAAGCCGGGAGUCCCAGGGCUCCUGCUUAGAUGACGAGGCACUUAAAUUAGGAUAUUCUUUGAUGAAGAAACCCUCUGAUUUCUGUUGUAAAUUGAACAGAUUUAACCCUCGUUUCAGAUGGGGGGAACCCCGUCCUUAAAGCACUGCUCUCUGAGCUUUGGUUGCAGCACCCUCUCCAGGUUUCCAUGUUUGUCUCCUGACUGUGUUUCACACACCCUGUAAAUGUAGUGUUACAUUGUUUCUCUAAAGUGCAUCCACUCCUCCUUACUUGUGUCUUUAUUUAACAGGCCCCCGAAUGAAUGGUCUGCUUGGUUCUCCGAAUGCUGGGUAGAAUAUUAGCUACUAAAAGCAUGUAACGUAUGUGUAUAGGUGCAUGUGAGCAUCUUCAUGUCCACAGUUGGUUUUACGCUGUAAUGUCACCGACAACAUGAGUAAGGCUUUGACUCUUGUCCACAGGACUUAAAGAAAAUAAGUGCCAGAGAUGAGAUAAAGCCGGCCUCCUUCCUCUGUGGUGCUGGCAUCCAUCGGUGACUUAAAAACGUCCGGCCGCAGCUUUCCUGGUUCUGUUUUAACGUUGAAUGUGGGCCACUCCAGUUCCAGGUCAUUCACAAGAAUUGCGACCUUUUAUUAUAAUCCGAUCAACAACCUGUGCUUUAACAAGGCGGGUAGAUAUGUGGGAGUACUUGUUGUACACACACACAGACACACACACACACACACACACA